GCUUUAAAUUAUACAAAACUAGCUGAAUUACCAACACUGUAAAUCGGCUAGUUUUAUCGUCUGUGUUGUUGUGUUAAUUUCAAGUUCAGUGGUAGGCUUAAAGAAAAAAGAAAUCGAUACGAAAAAAAACUAAAAAAGAAAUAAAUCACACACAAAGCUUUUAUCAUAAAUAGUCUUUACAAUAAACCAAACAAAAAACACACACAGACACACACACACAACUCAGUUUUAUUGAUUACAACUAAGAGCUACAUCAUAACAUACGGUGACAAUGGCCUGGCGAUUCAAAGCAUCCAAAUAUAAGAAUGCAGCACCAAUUGUACCCAAAGCAGAGGCUUGCAUACGUGAAAUAUGUGUGGGAUCUUAUCAAACCUAUGGCAAUAAUAUUGCUGCCUCAGCUGCCUUUAUGGCUUUCAACUGGGAACACACGGGUUCGAGUGUUGCGGUCUUGGCAUUAGAUGAUUGUGGUCGUAAAAGUAAAACUAUGCCUCUGCUGCAUGCUCAUACAGAUACUGUUACGGAUAUGAGUUUUUCACCUUUUCAUGAUGGUCUUUUGGCUACGGCAUCGCAGGAUUGUAUGGUUAAAAUAUGGCAUAUACCAGAAAAAGGUUUGGAAACUUCACUUUCAGAUCCAGAAUGUGUUUUUUCACACAAACAGAGGCGUGUAGAGACGGUAGGUUUUCAUCCUACAGCUGAUGGUUUAUUGCAUUCCACUUCUAUGGGUUGUGUAAGCCUCUUCGAUUUGACACAACAAAAAGAGAUAUAUUCCAACAAUGAACAUCCUGAAGUUAUACAAUCUGCCAGUUGGAAACAAGAUGGCACCGUUUUAGCCACUAGCUGCAAAGAUAAAUAUUUACGCAUUUUAGAUCCUCGAGUCAAUGGUUCUCCCAUACAAAUGUCUGCUGAAUCACAUCAAAGCAUUAAAGAUUCCCGUGUCGUUUGGUUGGGUAAUCAAUCACGCAUUUUAACCACCGGUUUCGAUUCUGCUCGCCUACGUCAAGUGAUUAUACGUGAUAUUCGAAAUUUAUCAGUUCCCGAAAAAACCUUAGAAUUGGAUUGUUCUACUGGCAUUUUAAUGCCUCUAUAUGAUCCGGAUACUAAUAUGUUAUUCUUGGCGGGUAAAGGUGAUACAACUAUUAACUAUUUAGAAGUUACCGACAAAGAUCCCUUCCUUAUUGAGGGUCUACGACAUACGGGUGAACAAACUAAAGGUGCUUGUUUAGUGCCAAAGAGAGCUCUUAAAGUUAUGGAGGGUGAGGUUAAUCGUGUCCUGCAAUUGACCUCGAAUAUGGUUAUACCCAUUAUGUAUCAGGUGCCACGUAAGACUUAUCGUGAUUUUCAUAGUGAUUUAUAUCCCGAUACGACUAGUUGUCGUACUGACUUGACGGCCGCUGAUUGGAUGAGCGGUACUAAUAUGGCGGUUCCAAAAAUGAGUUUGGAUCCCGCCAAACGUGAAUUGGGAGAUGCACCCGUUAUUAUACAUCGUGGAAACUUAAAAGAAUAUGUUAAAAAUAUUGAAAACAAAAAACUUGUUUUAAUAGAUGAUAAAUUGAAUAAAAAACAACAUUUAAAUGGUUGUCACAAUAAUCCACAACAAAUUAUAGCCAAAUCUCUUAAAUCACCCAAACAAGAAGUAGUCGAUGGUGGUGAGGAUUUCCAAAAGGAUGAACUCUCUACAAUAUUUAAAAAAUUCGAUACAAAAUAUAAAACAGAUUCAGAAAAAGAAAUGAUAAUGGCAGAUGAUAGCCAUGAGGGUGAUGGUGGUGCUCAACAGAUAACACCACCCUCGGAAGAUUCACCAAAUACUGAAGAUUCUUCUUCGUCAUCGGUACCAAAACCUAUGCCAAGAACAUCACGUAACAAUUCAUUACCAGAUGCCCAACAACCUCAGUCACCGUUAGAAUCGAAUAAUGUCAUACCUAAGCCAAGGCCUAGAACCUCGGCAGGAGCCUAUAAGCCUCGCUUGGGUCCUAAACCUUUCUCCAGCAACUCUGUAGAUGUUUCCUUCGAUAAAGUAUUUGCUGUUCCCGUAGCUCCUGGCUCGCAAGAGAAUCUUUCGCAAACUUGUAAUAAUCCUCCUGCAAAUGACAGUGAAACCUCUAACAGCACGAAACCCGAUUUAAUAGUGGAAAUUGAAAUAAAAAAACAAUCAUCUGGUUCUGAUGGUGAAAAUAAUGGUUUACAAAAGUCUCUAUCAACUUCUGAGAGACGCAAAUCCUCUCUGGAUGAUGAAGAUUCCAGUGACAAGAUAUUCGAACAAAAUCAUUCAGAAUCUUCGGAAAAUUCCACAGAGGGUGAUGAUAAACCCGACUCGGAAUUACGUAGAUUUUCACCAGCACGCAGUAGCAUUGCCGAGCGAAGACGUCUAUAUGAAUUGCACUCAAAAAGUACUACCGAAGAAAGAUCUCAAUCGCCAGUGCCAUUACGCCGUGAAUUAUCUAAAGUUGAGUCUACUACUAAAACAAAUGCCAUUGAUAUGAAGAGAACAUCUGUGCCCGAGGGUAAAAUGUUGGAUGAAAGACGUCGUAAUUUACCCCCAAAAGAGGUAACAGACAGUGGGGCUGGUAUUAAGAAAUCGGCCACAGAAACUGCUAUCACCACCUCACAUAAACGUACUUCGACUGUCUUUGGUAAGGUGUCAAAAUUCCGCCAUUUAAAAGGCACACCUGGACACAAGUCUACACACAUUGAAAAUCUACGCAAUUUAAGUAGACAAAUACCGGGUGAAUGUAAUGGUUUCACCGCCAAUCAUGAACGUGUUGCUGUGCCAUUAUCUGGUCCGGGGGGAAAAAUAGCCAUAUUUGAAUUAACAAAACCAGGACGUUUGCCAGAUGGUGUCAUACCCUCUUUGGUGAAUGGCAGUAAUAUUAUGGAUUUCCAAUGGGAUCCUUACGAUGCCAAACGUUUGGCAGUUGCCUGUGAUGAUGGCAUGGUAAAAUUGUGGCGUAUACCCGAUGGUGGUCUUUUGGAACCUACCAAUGCUCCCGAACAGGAAUUAACUGCUCAUUCAGAUAAAAUUUACUUUAUACGUUUUCAUCCCUUGGCCCAAGAUAUUUUACUAACGGCCAGUUAUGAUAUGUCUAUAAAAUUAUGGAAUUUACAAACCAUGGAGGAGAAAUGUGUUUUAACUGGUCAUUCGGAUCAAAUAUUUGACUUUGCUUGGAGUCCUUGUGGAAAAUAUGGUGCUACCGUUAGUAAGGAUGGUAAAAUACGUAUCUACAAUCCACGUAAAUCGGAGACACCCAUACGUGAGGGCAAUGGUCCGGUGGGUACUCGUGGUGCUCGUAUUGUUUGGGCUUUAGAUGGUCAAUAUAUUGUAUGCACCGGCUUUGAUAAAGUCUCGGAACGUCAAAUCAGUGUUUAUAAAGCGGAUCAUUUAAAUGCUCCCUUAAACACUGCCAGUUUAGAUGUAUCCCCUUCCAUUUUAAUACCCUUUUACGAUGAGGACAGUUCCACCUUGUUUGUUACCGGCAAAGGAGACUCCACCAUCUAUUGCUAUGAAAUUACGGAUGAGGAACCUUUUAUUUGUCCCUUAUCACAUCAUCGCUGUACUUCACUGCAUCAGGGUUUAAGUUUUCUUACCAAAAAUCAUUGUGAUGUCGCUAGUGUUGAGUUUUGUAAAGCCUACCGCUUGACCAAUACCACCAUAGAACCUUUAAGUUUUACGGUGCCACGUAUUAAGAGUGAACUUUUCCAAGAUGAUUUAUUCCCCCCCACACGUGUUACUUGGCUGCCUACCAUGUCGGCCGAUGAAUGGUUCUUAUCGAAUGAUAAAAAAGUCAAGAAAAUUAGUUUACAACCUGAAGGCAUGGAUACUUUGUCCUCUAUCCAACCGGUGGUUAGUCAAACAAAACCUUCGGUUGCUUCUCAAUCGGCGGCUUCAGCGGCUGGCGAACAUUUAAAUAAAUUUGAUAUUGAUAAGAAUAAACAGAAAGAAAUUCAAAAAUCAGUUAGUGCCCGCAUGGAAUACAACACCAAAUUAGAACAAGACGAUAUGGAGGGUGUUGACGAAAACGAAUGGCAAGAUUAAGUUUAAGACACAAGACUCACAAAAAAAGUCUUAACGCAAAAAAAAAAAAAAAAAAAAAAACACCCCAAAACGAUAAGAAAAAAUGAAAAAGUCUUUAGUAAUUAGAUUAAGAUUUUUUUUUAAAAAUGUAUGAUCUCCUUUUUCUCAAACAACCAAAUCCCCCUUAAAACCUUUAGGCCACAUCCAAACAAAAAAAAAAAAAACACCUGUCCCCCUCUUAAAUGGCUUAAACAUUUAGCAAAAUGUUGUAAUAAGUGUGCGAAAUUUGUUUUUAUUUGUCUAGUAGUUUUUGAGAUUUGUUCUAUAACAUGACAUGAUAUUUUUAGUUUAAAAGAAUGAACAAAGAAAGAAAGAAAA